CUCCACCUCCGCUCCGGAGUGACCUCUUUCAGCUCCUUUCAGCUCUCCAUUGAUUUUAUCUCCAUUUUGACCUCAACCGUGUACCAUCAUGCGACUGCAGCUUCCAGAGGUAGCAAUCGCUACCCUGAUUCUCGGUGAAGUUGGCGCAGUCCAACUUCCCUUGUUGCAAUCUCAGGUUCCCAUAACCUCCGGCAAGGAGCUGGUCAGCUCCUCCGCGUUGCAAGGUCACGUCAAAGCGGAGAACCUGUUGAAGAGAGCCAAAGAACUAUCCAAGAUUGCGGACUUGGGAGAGGAAGAAUAUAAUCACCCGACUCGGGUGAUUGGAAGUAAAGGGCACCUCGGGACCAUUGAUUACAUCUACUCGACACUUGCUAAGUUGGGCGACUACUACACCAUCACGAACCAAUCCUUCCCUGCCGUUACGGGCAAUGUGUUUGAAUCCCGCCUGGUCCUCGGCGACAAUGUACCCGAAUCGGCAGCCCCCAUGGGAUUAACACCUGCUACCAAGAACAAACAACCCGUAUAUGCACCCCUAGUAGCCGUGGCCAACUUCGGGUGUGACGCGUCUGAUUUCCCAUCGGAUGUGUCUGGCGCCAUUGCGCUCAUUAGUCGUGGCACCUGUCCGUUCGGUACGAAGUCGGACUUGGCUGGAAAAGCCGGUGCGGUUGCGGCCGUGGUAUAUAAUAACGAAAAAGGCAGCCUGAGUGGGACGCUCGGUAACCCCACACCAGACCAUGUUGCGACGUGGGGCCUUUCUGAUGCAGAUGCUGCACCCAUCCUGGAGAAGCUCAAGAAGGGCAAGAAGGUCGAUGGUAUCGCCUACAUGGAUGCCCUUGUAGAGACAAUUCAUACGACCAAUAUCAUCGCCCAGACGACCGAGGGCGAUCCCGAGAACUGUGUGAUGCUCGGUGGCCACAGUGACAGCGUUGCCGAAGGACCGGGCAUCAACGAUGAUGGCUCUGGUAGCUUGACGCUUCUGGAACUCGCGACCCUGCUGACUCAAUAUCGGGUUAACAACUGCGUGCGUUUCGCAUGGUGGGCGGGUGAGGAAGAAGGUCUCCUUGGAUCGGACUACUAUGUUUCCGUGCUUACCCCCGAGGAGAACCUGAAGAUCCGCCUGUUCAUGGACUACGAUAUGCUUGGUUCCCCGAACUUUGCGUACCAGGUGUACAAUGCCACCAAUGCGGUAAACCCGGUCGGAUCCGAGGAGCUGCGCGACUUGUACGUCGAUUUCUAUAAUGCCCACGACCUCAACCACACCUACAUUCCAUUCGAUGGCCGCAGUGACUAUGACGGGUUCAUCCGUCACGGUAUCCCAGGAGGCGGUAUUGCCACGGGAGCCGAGGGUAUCAAGACACCGGAGGAGCAGGAGAUGUUUGGUGGUGUUGCCGGCGACUGGUAUGAUCCAUGCUAUCACCAGAUCUGCGAUGUCGUGGGCAAUGUGAAUUUGACGGCAUGGGAGUGGAACACUAAGUUGGUUGCCCACUCAAUUGCCACCUAUGCCAGAUCGUUUGAAGGUUUCCCUAAGCGGACGAAGGAUUCCAUCACUGCGUCUGCUACGGAGACCAACAAGUACCAUGGGCCCCGGCUCGUCCUUUAAUCUCUAAUAUCCUUGAGGCGUUGAAUAGGAUAUGGGGCGAUAGACAGCGUAUUGACGUUGUGACUAGAUGAUACUUUGUUAGAAAUCUAGUCAGAUAUGUUCGAUUUUCGGGAUUAUCAAUUGGAGCUUACGUGCAUGUUUGUUUCUUUGUUUUUCGGUUCUUGUUGCUGAGGAUAAACCUCCUUUCUAUGUGCUAUUGCAGUUAUCAUUUUGGUUCUAACUAGAUGUACGUGACUAAUAUAUCGAGAUAUAAGGAGUACAUCUAAGAGUUUGACAUGCACUGUAUAAGGAGGUGACGUUUCCUAGACGCGGAUUCC